AUGAUCAUCACUCUACUUGUAUUGUUGCUAAAUGCAGCAGUGCAGGUAAUAAACUGCGCACCUACUGGCCAAGAAAACAACCGGACCAUACGGAAUUACUACAUUACUGCAGAGGAGAUCGUUUGGAACUAUGCUCCUAUGGGAUGGGAUAAUUUACGGGACCAGCCUUUGGAAAACACUCCAGCAAAGCUCUACACCGUCAGGACGCCUACAAGAAUAGGCGCAGUCUAUCAUAAAGCAAUAUAUCGUCAAUACACCUCCUCGGCAUUCAAGGUACCAAUAGCACACGACCCUGGACUGGGUACUCUGGGUCCAAUCAUUCGAGCCCAAGCUGGGGACCAGGUGCGCAUCCUCUUUUACAAUAAAGCUUCCAAACCUCACAGUCUUCAUCCUCACACAAGCAAAAAAACCGAUUCCCUACCAGGAAAAUCAGUCGAGCCUGGCCUAAUGUACCAAUACAUUUGGAAUAUUCCAUCCAAUGUCAAUUUCCCUGUCAACCAGUCCUCGGUCGCCUGGACUUAUGCCUCCAAGUCAAAUACGGUCGGGGAUCUCAAUGCAGGGCUUUUAGGUCCAAUCGUCAUCUACAAACCAGGUACUCUAGUAAAACCGUCACCCGGGAGCACAUUUGAAAGGCCCCAGGGGAUUGACCAAGAGAUCUUUACCAUUAUGAUGACAACCGACGAAGGCCUGUCGACUUAUUUUUCGGAAUCUGUCGAGGAAGCCGGGAUAAGUCUAGACACAUUGGAAACUUUGAGAACCGAUCCUCUUUUUGAAGAAUCAAAUCGGAUGUAUCACAUAAACAGCUAUGUGUUCAAUAACAAUGCUGAUCUCAGAGUAUUUUAUGGAAAACCUGUGAGGUGGUAUGUAAUUGCAUUUGAACUCGAGGAUGAAGAUGUCCACACAGCACAUUGGCAUGGGUCUACUCUUCUCUAUCAUGGGCAUCGUGUAGAUGUGGUUGACCUCAUGUCUGUCAGCUUCGAGGUUCUUGACAUGAUACCUGACAAUGAAGGCCAAUGGUUAUUCCAUUGUCAUGUCGGGCAGCAUUUUGAGGCUGGAAUGACAUCCUUUUAUGAGGUCGAAAAAGAAGAAUAUACAGGAGAUGAAGGAUGGGGAAAAUGA